GCAGGCCCAGGGGCACGGGCGCAGUAGAGCGGUGGGGCCCGCGGUGUUCAUUUGGUGCGGCGCGCCCGGUGUCCAGGCCCGGCCGGCGGCGAGCAUGGCGGGCGCGAAGCGGCGCUCCGUGGCAGCCCCGGCGGCGGCGGCCGAGGAGGAGGAGCAGCAGGCGCGGGAGAAGAUGCUGGCGGCGAAGCGAGCCGACCCCGCCGGGGAGAGCGAGGGCGUGACCCUGCAGCGUAACAUCACCCUGCUGAACGGCGUGGCCAUCAUCGUGGGUACCAUCAUCGGCUCGGGCAUCUUCGUGACCCCCACGGGCGUCCUCAAGGAGGCGGGCUCCCCAGGACUGGCGCUGGUUGUGUGGGCCGUGUGCGGGGUCUUCUCCAUCGUGGGUGCGCUCUGCUACGCUGAGCUGGGCACCACCAUCACCAAGUCGGGUGGCGACUACGCCUACAUGCUGGAGGUGUACGGCUCGCUGCCCGCCUUCCUCAAGCUCUGGAUCGAGCUGCUCAUCAUCCGGCCCUCCUCACAGUACAUCGUGGCUCUGGUCUUCGCCACUUACCUGCUCAAGCCACUCUUUCCCACCUGCCCGGUGCCGGAGGAGGCCGCCAAACUCGUGGCCUGUCUCUGCGUGUUGCUGCUCACCGCCGUGAACUGCUACAGUGUGAAGGCUGCCACCCGCGUGCAGGACGCCUUCGCGGCCGCCAAGCUCCUGGCCCUGGCCCUCAUCAUCCUGCUCGGCUUCAUCCAGAUCGCAAAGAGCGAUGUGUCCAACCUGGACCCCAAGCACUCCUUCGAAGGCACCAACCUGGAUGUGGGGAACAUCGUGCUGGCCUUGUACAGCGGCCUCUUUGCCUACGGAGGGUGGAAUUACCUGAAUUUCGUCACGGAGGAGAUGAUCAACCCAUACAGAAACCUGCCCUUGGCCAUCAUCAUCUCCCUGCCCAUCGUCACCCUGGUGUACGUGCUGACCAACCUGGCCUACUUCACCACGCUGUCCACUGAGCAGAUGCUGUCGUCCGAGGCCGUGGCCGUGGACUUCGGCAACUACCACCUGGGGGUCAUGUCCUGGAUCAUCCCGGUCUUCGUGGGCUUGUCCUGCUUCGGCUCCGUCAACGGCUCCCUGUUCACGUCCUCAAGGCUAUUCUUUGUGGGGUCUCGGGAGGGCCACCUGCCCUCAGUCCUCUCCAUGAUCCACCCCAACCUCCUGACACCUGUGCCGUCCCUCGUGUUCACGUGCAUCAUGACGCUGCUCUACGCCUUCUCCAGAGACAUCUUCUCCGUCAUCAACUUCUUCAGCUUCUUCAACUGGCUGUGCGUGGCGCUGGCCAUCCUCGGCAUGAUCUGGCUCCGCUUCAAGAAGCCCGAGCUGGAGCGGCCCAUCAAGGUGAACCUGGCCCUGCCGGUGAUCUUCACCCUGGCCUGCCUGUUCCUCAUCGCGGUGUCCUUCUGGAAGACACCUGUGGAGUGUGCCAUCGGCUUCACCAUCAUCCUCAGCGGGCUGCCCAUCUACUUCUUUGGAGUCUGGUGGAAGAACAAGCCCAAAUGGCUCCUGCAGGCCAUCUUCUCCUCAACCGUCUUGUGCCAGAAGCUGCUGCAGGUGGUCCCGCAGGAGACCUAGCCCAGAAGCCUCCAGCGCAGAGCACACGGCCGUCACACACCCUCAGCGCAGCAGCUUCUGGCCCUCAUCCCCGCAGGUUGGGCACCUCGGAGGUGGUCAGAGCCCUGGUACGAAUUCAGCCCCGGAAGCCGCAUCUGCCCUUGGCUUCCCGGCACAAAGGACUUCCUGUCACCUCAGCCCCCCACCCUGUUUGCAGUUUAGUUUUUAUUUUAACUUAAACUCGGGGUCCCAAGGACACCCCAAAGUCAUUGUCAGAGAACCAGGACAGAGGCGGGCGGUGGUGCUUGCCCGCCUAACGCUGCCUGCAGCGCAGCAUGCCUCGAGGGACCAGGUCACUGUCACAGGUGCAUGGAACUACUGAGACAGACGUCACUGUCACGACCACAGACUGCACUGACAGACAGGCAGACAGAAAGACAGCCCCACGGCAUGCACUUGGCUCUCCCCCUGCCCCCAGCGCACUAGGCAGACACACACUGAGCCACGCCCCAGUCCUCUGACUCUGUACCCCUGUAAACGUGGGGGUGCCUGUGAGAACGACCCCCUUCAAGAAACCAGAUCCCCCCACUGGGAACCAUGGGCUUGGGCAGUGGCCACCAGUGGGCAGCCCAGAGCUCCCCACAGCUCUCGGUUCCCUGGCAGGGCCUGGUCUCCGGCCCCCAGAACCAGCCAGGAAGUGGGGGUUUCAUCUCAGGACAGAAGGUGGGGAGCUUGGGGCCUUCCCGUCUGCACACUGGGGGCUCUGCCUUGGCCGAAGACCACCACCCAUAUCAGGAAGAGGGGACUGUGCCCGGCUGCAGCUGCCACAGGCGCCACCAAGUGCUCGGGUCACUGGGGUGGGUGGGGCAUGGACAGGUCCCCAGUGCUCCUCUGGCAGGGCUCCUCAAGACACAGGGCCAGCCGGGGACCCCGCCUCACAGGGCCAGGCAGCUCAGGCCCAUGGUGCCGGCUUGUCCUGCCUGCCCUCCACCCCCAGGGAGACCCCAGGCUGUCCACAGGGACCAGCUGCCUGGAAGCCCCUCUCCGCCUCCACACGGGCCACCCUGGCCUCGGGGCGGUGGCUCUGUUUCGCAUCCUUUGCUUUUUAUUUGUCCUGACAUCUUUACUAAUGGACGGGUACUGUGGGUGCCACACUGACUUGGGGGGUGCAGGAGUCACACCCCCUCCCCGUGACUCGGAGAGUGACACGUGCAGCUGGGUGCCCUUUCCCUCGUGUCCAUGGCUAACCUGUUACACUAGGCUUGUUGGGGGGGUAGUGCUGUUGUAUUGUGGGGUUUUGGUGUUUUGUUUUUUUUUUAAUAAAAGCAAUUAGAAUUC